AUGGAAAUUCCUUCAGUUCCCCACCUUUUAUUAACAAAUCCCAAUAGCAAACAAAGCAAUCAUCAAAUUCCAAAUUCUAAUGGAAGAUCAAAAGUUAAUAAGCGAAGAAGAAUCAUUAGGAAAAAGCAAAUCAAAUGCAGAAAACCCAGAACGACGGUUCGACGAUGCCGUGGAAACUGCCGGAGCUCCAUCGGAACGAAGCUAAGAACGCUAAGGAAGUUAAUUCCCGGCGGCAACGGAUCCGUGGGAUUCGAAGGGCUUUUCAAUGAGACGGCUCGAUAUAUAUUGUUUAUGCAGAUGAAGAUUAAAGCCAUGGAGAUUAUGGUGAGAGUUUUAACGGAUUCUAAUGGAGUGAAAUAA